AUGAAACCUCACCAGCAGACCUUUCCCUUGUCCCGUCCCUUGAUUCCGACAUCUCUUAAGCCAGGUGAGGACCAGCAGCAGAGCGCUUGGAACUGGCAUUUGGACCCUGAGCUGUGGGCCAGGUCACUUCGACAGCAAUUGAACAUUCAUCUCCUUUAUCUGGAGAAAGAGAAGGCAACAGUGUCUACUGGUCGGUCUUUGACUAAUAUCAGAGAGUCUCUGGACAGCAAUGAACGGCCCCGGGUCUCUAAGAAGAAACGAAGACAAUUCCUGAAGGAAAUAGAAACGUCUACACUGCUGGAGCUCCUGAUUGCUGAGAUCAGAGCUCUGUUCUCAGCUGUGCUGCAGGAUGGCAGCUCUGCAGCUUGGCGAUACCUGCAUGCAGUACUAGGUCUGUUGCCUCCAUAUCGUGAGAUACUAGCCAAUUGUCUUGAUUUGCUGCCCUUCCUGGAACAGCUUUACUGUUGGGCACCCAGGGUGCAAGUCCAAGUCCACCUGGACCUGCUAGAUGCCAUAGACAAGGCCUUUCCUCCAGACAGCUCUCUGUUACGCUGUGCCUCCCAUGUUGAUUGCUCUCCUAGGAAGAAGAGAUUCUAUCGAGAGUCCCCUUGCCCUGCCUGCUCUUUCUUGCAGGCCCAGUGGAGUGGGAAACAAAAAAAGAAGAAAUUGGCCACAUGGUCACGACCAUUGACACUUCGUGAGUUUCAGCACUGCCUGGGCAUUGUUGGUGCUGAAGUAGCCCUAGAAGAGACCCAUUGGCUGGAUGGCCUUAGUCUCCUGCCCUUGGCCCUGGCGACCAACAUCCCUGUGCAGUAUGAAAGCAGUGACACUGACUACUCAGACUCAUAUGUUGAAAGACAGACUAAGUCUCAGUUGGACUAUGAAAUUCCUCAAAAAUCUCUCCCAGGGAGAAGUAUUGGCUUCCUGCAUGAGUUUUCCUACCCAGCUAGUCAGGUGGUGGCCAUCAUGAAGACUGAGAAGUACCUGAGGACCAUACACUUCCUCUACCUCAAUGUGGCUCCCAAUCGCCACUUUAAGCCUUAUGAUCUGAUAGUAGUGCCACAUAACAAGGUGAAUCCUGAACACUACAUCUUCUCUCCCUUUGGGGUGCUGUAUGUACAUCCACUGGAUGGCAGUGAGGCCAUGACGCUGGGUACCUGGCAUCGUCACUCUGUUCUCUGGCAACAGCUCCAGUUCAUUCCGUUCUUUAAGUAUUACCUCUUACGCAAGGCCUUGGCCUGUUGGAAGAAGAACGUGAAGUUGCUCACACUGCAUCAGAUCCAGACUCUCCUAGGGACUCAACUGCUCUCCGCUGUGCCCCACUUUGGAGCUGGGUUACUCCACAUUAGCAGGCUUCUGCAGGAGCUUCACACUGUGUCCUGGCUGCCCAAUGACCCUGAUUACUGCUAUGAGCUGUUGGACCUGCAAAGGGCCCUGGCCAGAAAGAAAUACAGGGCCCUGCGGGUACUCGGUUACUUCCUGAAUCUCUGUACAUCCAUUCUUCAGUUGAUUCAUGAGGACACAUACCACAUGCAGCGUGGCCUGCAGGAGCGAGUGCAGAACUGCAGCAGAUCCAGGAUAGACCAUGGCUCAGUGCACCUUCACAAGGUCCUGCUCCAGCAGCUGCAGCAGAAGCUGAGUCAGACAGAGACCUGGCUGCUACAGUUGGGAAGCUUGCACCGCUUGGUCAAUUACAUGAUUUGUCAGAGCCUGGUUUCAAUCUUGGAAGAUGAGAUAACCUCUUUUGUGGCCAAUAUUAUCCAAGCCCCCAGGAAAAACCCCUUCCUCUUAUCACGGCUUAUCUUUAAUGAAUGUAACCAGCUGUCUCCCAUGCCCCCUGUUGAAAAUAUAAUCCGUAAUCUCAUUGAUGGUGUGCAGUCUAUCAAGACCUGUACCCUGCAGGUAGUACGGUCUGCAGCUCUGAAGCCCUCCAAGAAUGUCCUGAGGAAAAAUGAGGAGACCUCAGACCAAGACUCAGAAUUCCCAAUACCUGAUUUCCACAACCAGCCCACCUAUGCUGUUAAAAUGUUCUGUGGCCCUAAUGUUGGAUUCGUGUUACCCUGGAAGACUCAUGUAGUUACCACUCAUUUCCUGGAGAUCUGUGGGCACCGACUGCGGGGCGAUUAUUUGCCUCACAAUUAUAACCAGCUGCAGGUGGAUUUGGACAGAAGCUUCCGAAUCCAGCAUGCACUGACUACACAAAAGGCACUGCUGGAGGCCAUGCGGUGUGAGGUGCAGGAAUUCUGCAAAGACCAUCAAUGGGUUACAGUCAUUUAUGAGUUCCUGCAGGGCUGGGGGCCUGAGAAGCUGGAGAACAUGCGAGGCUGUCCUGUCAAGAACUACAUAGCACUGGUGACCCGUCUGAAGGCUUGGCAGGCCCAAGUCUCUGAAAUCCCUAAUCAGUUGGUGACAAAAGGCAAGCUGCUGCUGCUGAGCUGCUGUGAUGUAAAGACAGAGCUAACAUCCAGGCUGAACAACAUUACGACGGACCUUCUUGCCCAGGUGCAGGACGAGUGUUGGAAACGCAGUAAGCAACUAAUGUCCGAGCUCAGCAUCUUCAUGAAAGUCUUCCAGACCAUCAGCUCAGACAUUCACACCAUUGCACGAUGCUCCCAGAAGUUGAACGAAGCCAGUGAACAGUACAACCAGCUGGAAGCACGAACAGAAUACAUCCGGUCUCUCCAUGAACUCAUCCGCAACCACUUUAAUGUAUUCAGCAGUGAGAAUGAGGCACUGGACAUCUCGGUGAGAGGAUAGGUCACGAUGUCUCCCACCCUCUUUGUUCCCCCUCUUCCCCAAGCCACAUAUACUCAUGACCCUAUGAUUUCUCCUCCUCUGCAGCUUCUAGAUAUGUGGGAGACAUUUCAGUUUGAGAAGAGCCAGGCCUCUGAGUUCCUGCUGAGCAAGCAGCAUUCCAUCCUGCCUAAGCUGCAACAGCUGAUGGCAGCAGCACUGGCCGAGCUGGAAAGCCUGCUUGACAAGGCCCUGACCGGUCCCUUCAUGGACCCGACACAAGCUCAGAGGAAAACUGAGCUACAGCUCAUCUCUCUGGAGCAUCAAUAUGAGAAAACCAGCAGAUACUUCAAAGAACUCCACUAUACCUACACUGCAUUGACUGGGGAAGACUGUGGUAUGUCUUUGCCCAUCCUCGGAACCCACCCCAUAGUGAUGCAGCAGCGCAUCUGGCACCUCUACGGAGUCAUCUCUGAGAACCUCAGCGAGUGGAAGUGCAUGGCUUUUCUUAAGUUCAACCUGUCCAUGGCCCAGGAGAAGACUGAUGCCUGGCUGACAGAGGCAGCGCGCCUGAGCGCGACCCUGGGGACGCACAGCCCAGUGUUGCAGCGCUGCAUGCGCAUGCUCGAGGAGUUUCGCAGCUGUCUGCCCUUGCUCACCAAGCUCAGCAGCCUCAACCCUCAGAGCCUUAGCUGCCAGGCCCUCUUCCGAGCCUUAGGGUUAGGCAUUAUCCGCAAUAUGGACCUCCUGACACUGGGCCAGCUGCUCUUGUGUCCACUGCUGGAAUUCUCAGGUCGAAUCAAACAGGUCUGGCAGCAUGAAAAAGAACAAAUGCACGCCCAAGAGAUCCUCCAGCAGCUGCAGCAGUACUGGGAGACACGCCAGCUGCGUCUGCUCAACUUCAUCUUGAAUGUGCCCUAUGAGCCCCCAGCCUCAGAGCGUUCCAAGAAGAAGCUCUUCGAAAGCCCACAGUGGGAGGUGAUGGGCAAGGAUAGCGGCACCUUUAUCCUAUCAGACUACAACAAUCUACAAGACUCAAUCCAGGAUAGUCUUCAGACAUUGUUCAAGAUGCGGGCUAUCCACAGGACAGGAGACUUACACAGAACAGCUUUGGAGUGGGUGACCAUCAUGCAUAGCCUGAGUGCCCUGCUGGAGGCGUGGGUGACUUUCCAGCAGAAGUGGAUUUUUCUGAAUAAAGUUCUCCAUGAGAUGAAGAUCCAGUUUCCUAAUGCUGACCUGCACGCUCGUUUCCAGGCCAUAGAUGAUCAGUAUCGGACCCUGAUGCACAUCUCCAUAGCUGACCCCCUGGUGCUGUCACUCAUAGUGCCCAGUGCCAAGAGGAGCCCUUAUUUCCAGGGUCAGCAGUUACAACAGCUGCUGCAGUCAGGGGCGGUGGAGCUGGAAAGCAUCAUCAUGGCUCUGGAGAGUGUGCUCUAUGAGGUAUGUGCUUGCUUCCCCCGCCUUUUCUUCCUCAGUAACAGCGAGCUGGUGGCCCUCCUGGCCACCCCUCUAGAACCGUAUGAGGCCCAGCCAUGGGUGCAGCGCUGCUUUCCUCAUGUCUACACAGUAAGCUUCCAAUCCCACCUAACGGAUGAGAAAAAUACUCAUGACCACGACCAGGAGUCAAUCCCAAGUAGAAAGACUCGAGUGGAGACAUUUGCUGUGCGAGGGGCAGGUGGAGAGGCGGUGAAGCUGCAGGAGUCCUUACCCCUGUAUCCAGAUAUCCCCAAGUGGCUAGCCACUCUGGAGAAAUACCUGCGCUCCACACUGGUGUCCCUGCUACAGGACUGUGUCACCGCUCGCCUGGCUUUGAGCUCAUUCCUGGUCUUUAAGAAACUGCCUCAGCAAAGAAGGUUGCCCCUGCAGCAACAUGUUCAUCAUUGGUUAGAUUUAGCCCAGGAUUUCCCGUGGCAGUGUAUACUGGUAGCAGAGGAAGUGGUGUGGCGGGCUGAGAUGGAGGAGGCUCUGCUUGAAUUAGGGGCCCUCGAUGUGACUCCCAUGCACAUACACAAAGUCGAAGUCCUGGUGCAAUUUAUGAGAGUCCGGAGGGGCUCCCAGGGUAGAAAGACCUUCGUGCCCUCUGCCCGCCAGGCCAGCCUGCUCAGUGCCCUGCUGGUCAUGGCAAUAAGUCACCGGGAUAUCGCCCAGCUGUUAGAGAAGCACCAGGUCCGUGACCUGAAGGACUUCCACUGGGCUCGUCAACUCAAGUAUCACCUGGGUUCUCCUCACCUGAUUCCUGAAAGUCCACUGCAGAAUCUUAAGACAGUGUUAUCAACUGAGUCCUCUCUGUCACCAGCUGCAUGCUGGGUCGAUGUGCUGGGCCGGUCCAUCGUAUACAAUUACGAGUAUAUGGGUCCCAGAGUAGAGCCUCUACCCAGCCUGCUACCUGAGCGCCCAGUGCUGAGUCUAAUAUUGGCCCUGGACCAGGUAGCCUGUGGGACACUACUGGGUUCUAAUGGUGUAGGCAAGACAGAAAUGGUAAACAGCUUGGCCCGGGCCCUGGGCCGCCAGCUGGUAAUGAUGCUCUGCUUGCCCCAGAUAGAGGCCAGGUGUCUGAGCAGCUACCUGAAUGGUGCCCUGCAGUGUGGUGCCUGGUUGCUUUUGGAGGCAGUUCAUCAUCUGCCUCCUGGCUUGCUCUCUGCCCUGGGCCAGCACCUGGCUGAACUGCAAAACCUCUAUCGCCCUCUGUACCAACAGGCUUCCCGAAACAUGGGCACCAUAAGCCCUACUGAACCCCAGUUCCUUGGUAGUGGCCUCUUUGAGAAGCAUCAUGUGUCCAUGCGCCUUGGCUAUGGCUGUUUUCUGACCAUGCGUGCCUUGAGCCCUGCUAUACCCACCAACUUGCACCAGCUGCUGCGGCCCGUGGCAUUGGCACUACCUGACCUUCAGCGAGUAGCAGAGCUGGCCCUGCUGGGUGCAGGGAUGCGAGAUGCUUCCCGCCUGGCUGCCCGCCUAUCCAAAUUCUUCUCCCUAGAGCAGGAGCUGGCAUCUGGGCCCCUGCCCUGCCGCUUGCCCCUGCUCAAGCAGAUACUGGAAGACGCAAUCCAGAUGCUCAAUGAGCCCAAGGAGGAAUUGGAGUCCCAGGGUAGACUCACUUCUGUGGAGGAGACUGUCCUACUGCGUGCCCUGCUGCACUCACCACUGUUCAGCAUCCUUGACGAGCUCCACCUCCAAAACCUCCGCAAGCUGCUGUGUGGGGUCUUCCCAAAUGCUAGCCACAUGCUGGCAGAGCCUAUGGCCCACAGGUUGAUGAAGUCAUUAAUGAUGGAGGAACUGCGGCAGGUGAGCUUGCUUCCCAGCCUUGAAAUUCUGGGGUCCCUGGAGCAGCUCAGCCAGGCCCUGAGCCGUUCCUCAGGCGUCCUGCUCCUGGGUCCUGCAGGCAGUGGCAAGACUACUUGCUGGCGCAGCUUAUUUAAGAUCCACAAUCGGCUGGCAGCCAUGGAAAGCACUUCCACCCAGGGCUACCAACCUGUGGAAAUUACUCACCUCUAUCCUAGCACGCUCAACUCCCAGGAGUUCCUAGGAUGGCUAGAGGGCCCCUGUUGGCACCAUGGCAUUUUCCCCAGGCUCCUUCGUGCAACCCCUCGGUGUAACAGUAAGGCAGCAAAAGAAGACAACCAAGAAUGGAUAGGAAUCCAGCACUGGAUCGUCUGUGAUGGGGCCUCUAGUUCGGCGUGGCUGGACUCCAUCACUUGCCUCCUGAGUAAUCCUCCCCAGCUUAGCCUCCCCAAUGGUCAGCAAAUAGCACGACCACCAGGUACCUUCUUCUUGUUGGAGGUGGCAGAUGCCACAGGUAUGUCCCCCACAGUAGUCGGCCGGUGUGCCCUAGUCUGGUGUGGGGGGGGACAGACGUGGCAGUCUAUGCUUAGCACCUUGAUGACAUCCCUGCCCCGUGACUACCGCUUGCAGCCUCCGACAAUCACUGAGCUCAACCACAUGGCUGAAUUUCUGGUGCCUGCCACAGUCCGAUUUCUUGCCCACAAAGGGACUGGCUCUCUGCUGCAGAUACACGGGCAGCAGACUCUUUGUCCAGGUGUAGCUGAAGUUACCAGCCUGGCCCGCAUCUUGCGUGGUCUGCUUGACUCUCACCUGCGCCUCUAUGAAGAAAAGAGUGUAUAUGGCUCAGAGGACCACAGUGAUAGAGAUCCUAUGGCCAAAAGUUUCCCGUCUUCAAAAAGCAGCUCCCUGAAACAAUACCAUGUUGAAAGCAAUGAGACGUCGAAUAAGCACAGGGAACAUCUGCUGGCUAUCAGCAGCUUUCUUUUUGCCCUGAUCUGGGGCUUUGGAGCCCACCUUCCCUCCAGGCUUUGGCCCCUCUUUGAUACCUUCAUGAGGAGUUCUAUUAGUUGCCUCACCAACUACCCUGAGCCACCACCCUCAGCUUCAGUGUUUGAUCUACAUGUAAACCCUGAAGAUGGGACAUUGGUCCCCUUCACUGGCCAUUAUCUGAGCAGCCGUGUCAAGGGAAAUCUAGGAUCCUUCCGCUCUUCUGACCAGACCGAGCAGCUCUUAUAUAUGGUAGACCUGCUUCUGUCCAAGGGGCAGCCCGUGCUGCUGGCUGGAGAGGCAGCCACAGGGAAGUCAGCCUUUGUGGAGGUCCUAGUGGUGCCAAACCACCCAUGCAUAUCCAACUCCAUCCACCCUGCCUUCGGUUCUGCCCAUCUCCGCCAACUCCUGAGCAGGGGAGUCCAAGGACAGUCACAAGCCACCCCCUGGCCUGAGAAUCAACAGGAUUCUAAAGACUCCCUCCUUUUCCUGUUGGAGGAUCUGCACCUGGCCACUUCUGACCCAGAGAAGAGCUGCCAGCCAAUUCUGGAGACUCUGCGCCAGGCCAUGGAUGGCACUGUGUAUGCCCACAACACCUUGGAGCUGCAGACACUGCAGCCCACAGUCAACUUCCUUGCCACGGUUACAGUGCCAGCGUGCAGUGAGCGCCCGCUCUGCCCACGCCUCUUUCGGCUCUUCACAGUGCUAGCCCUAGGCAGCAUGACCCUGACCACCAUGUUGAGCAGACACGCACCAAACAUCCAAGCCUGGCUUGAGCGCUUUCCCUCUAUGGAGCGGGAAGGUGCUCUGGCAAGAGCUCUGGUUCGAGCUUCCAUGGAGGCUUGGGAGGCUGUGAGCAAUCACUUCAUGCCUUCACCUCUCCACCCACACUACCAUUUCUCCUUGCACUCUGUCAGCCAGCUUCUGGGAAGCCUACAGCUACUACCUACUAGAGUGAGCUCAGGGAGUCUUGUAGACUCUUACAACCAUCAGGAGCAUCUGCGCAGGGUGUCAGGCUUACGUGGCACUCGCCUGGCUGUUAUGAUGGUCACACGCAACAUGGUGCGUCUUUGGUUGCACGAGGCACAUAGAACUUUUUGUGACCGGCUGGACAGCCAUAGGGAACGCACCUGCUGUUCCAAGAUACUCCUAAAAAUAGCUCAGGGAGUCUUUUGCUGUGAGAUGAAAUCCCAGCCCUUGAGAAGCGACCAUACGGAAGAAGAAAAAGAGGAGAAAGAGGAGGACGAAGAGGAGGAGGAAAAGGAGGAGGAAGAGGAAGAGAAGGAAGAAGAGGAGAGGGUUCCCGAAGUGGAGUCUGAAGGGGAACUAGCCCAGUGGGAGGAGUUAAACAACAGCAACAGUGAAACAGAUGACGAGGAUCCUUACAGCCUUGAGGCCACCACAGGUGCACACCCUUCUGACCCAAGCCUCCUACCGUCCAAAACAUUAACAGGCAAGGAAAGUAUGGAAAGUAAAAGUCCCAAGACAAAGCAGGAGGCAGACACCAGAGCUUCUAUCUAUAAGCAGUCGAAGAAACAGAAGAGGUGGUGGAAAAAGAUAAACCAGAAAGACUUGGUCUCACCCUUGUUGCUUCCAGUGCUGCUGCUCCGUCCCCGGGAAAAUCCUUUAGACCUGGUCUUCAGUCAGAAAUUGUUGAUAUCCAACUCCGAAACUCCCAACUUGUACCUGGAACGGGAGUGGGAGAGCCUGGAAGAGCAGCUGGCUGCGUCUGCUGCUCAGCUGAAUCUGAACCCCCACCUCGCCCGCUGCCACACCUCAACCCAGCACGUGGCUCGUCUGGUCCGUGUGCUAGCCAGACCCCACCAGCAUGGCUUACUGCUCUCAGGAGUUCUGGGUACCGGACGCCAUACAGCCAUCACCCUGGCUGCCAGCAUUUGUCAGGCCCACCUCUUCUGCCUGCCGUCUGGGUCGGAGGAGGCCAUUCUCCAGUGUCUACAAGACGCCAGCUGGCAUGCCGGAAUGUCAAACCAGCCAGUGGCACUGGUGGUACCCAAGAGUGUGAAUAUUACCACCCUCUAUCGCCUGGUCGCUCUGGCCACCUCAGGCACUUUCCCUGACCAGUACACAGAGGCAGACCUGGAUCACAUUGAAGAGCGGGUCCCCAGGGAGAACCUGGGUCUCAAAUACAACAUUAAGAAAGAAGUCGUGUUGCAGAGGUUCUUCCAGCAAGUGAGUCGUCACCUGCACAUGUUUUUCCUGAUUGAAGAUGACCAGGUCCAAAAGCAGCUGCCCUCCACUCUUUUCCUGCGGCUUCUCCAACUGGCCACUGCCAGCAUUGACCAUUACGAGCCCUGGGACCAAGCUUCCCUGGUCAAGGUUGCUCAGUACUACCUGGAGAGUGCUAAAAGCCCACCCCCUGAUGACAGCGCCUUGAAGUUCCUAGACCUCCAAACCUCAAUUCCCAGCAUGGCCAAAGCCAUGGCUCUCAUCCACCUUUCAACUGCCUACUACCAUGAGCACCUGUGCCCUUCAUUGCCACUGGUCACUCCCAAUACCUUCCUAGACCUCCUGAACACCUUCAUGCUACAGAAGCAAGAAAUGACCCUGAAGAUGAAGACUAGAGCCAACCGGAUUCAUACUGCCGUGGAGAAUCUGAGAACAUUAGUUGACCAGCACAGCUUCCAGUCCAACCUGGUCUCGAACCUGGAACAGGAGCUAAAAGGCUCCCACAAGAAUGUUGGGAUGUACCAGCAUCAGCUUGACCAGAUCAAGCUCCAGUACAAGCGGCAGCUGGCAGAGUGUUGGCAUCAGGAGAGCCUCGUGGAGAACCUAAUCAAGCAGCGGGAUGCCCUGAAGGCUCAGCACGAUGCUUUCCUGGAACAGAUGGGCAAAGCAUUUCUGGGCCCUCUGAGCCAGCUGCAGGUGUCUGACUUUGAGGAGAUCCGGAGCUAUCGAGCACCGCCAGAACCUGUAGUCCGCGUGACAGAUGCUCUGUGCGACUUAUUCCACCGUGAAACAGGCUGGGCCAGUGCCAAGCAGCUCUUAUGCCCCGAGGAUUUUUAUCAGGAGUUGGUGUUCUUCCCCAAGGAGAAGCUCACAGACUCAGAACUGCUCAAGUUACGACAAGCUCUGAGUGCUCCGGGUAUGAGCGAUGCCGCGCUGCGGGCAGUGAGCAAGCCUGCAGCAAACCUGGCAAUCUGGCUGUGGGCAGUUAUGCACUAUGGGAUGGCACAGCGCCGGGGACUACCCACAGGCCUGCUGCUGCGGCAGGUGGAGGAAACAUUAAUCCGAGAGCAGGCUCGCUUAGGCCGCUACCAGUUUCAGGCCCAGGAGUUGCUGGAGUAUACCUUAGACCUGACUAAGAAGCUGGAGGAUGCCCAAGCAUCUCACAGCCGUAUGCUGGAGAACCUCAAUCAAGCACACUACGGACAAUAUCACGAAUGGCCCAUAAAGUCUGCGCUGAUCACCCCCAUGCACACCUGGAUUACACAACUCCAGAAACUGAGGGAGCACUGCAUGAGUCUGUUUGGAGAUGCCCUCCUGUGCUCUGCUGCCAUCACCUACCUGGGUCCCUUCCCACCACUGAGGCGCCGGGAGCUGCUAGACAAGUGGCUGGCUCUGUGCAGGGGCUUCCCGGAGGCCCUGGGCCCAGAUGAUGUGGCCCAGGCACUGAAACAGAAACAUGGCAUCGUACCACCAAAGAUGUCUCUGCUGCCCACACGCUCUCCCUUCAGGAUUCUCUCUCUGCUGAGCAGCGAAGCUGAACAGUUCCAGUGGGACCGAGACCAGAAGCCCCAUGCUAGGUCAGCCCGCUUGAUAGGCCUGCUGCUUCGAAGCUUCACUCACUACUACAGCUACCGUUGGCCUCUGCUGCUUGACCCUAGCCAACAGGCCCUCAUCUGGCUGGACCCACUGCCACGGGCAAAGAACGUGUGCUUAGCCUCAGAACCCACCGAGAGGCUUGGGAAUUGCCUCCUGAGAGAUCUAACUAGAGAUGAAGAAGACACCGAAGAUGACACUAGUGAAGAGGAAAAUGAGCCCGAGAAGCAGACAGAAGAACAAAAGCAGGCGAAGAAAGAACAAGAGGAAAAUGUGAAAGAGGAGACUGAGACUCAGAGUCAGGGGUCAGAUAUCGUUUCUGAGGCUGGGCCUCUGCCUCCUGUCUGUCUAUGUGUCCUCUCGGGUGCUGACCCAGAGUUGGGUCUUCAGCUCCGGAAGGCAGCUGCCAAUGGCCAGCCUGUGCUCCUAACCAACAUGGAGCUGGGCCUAGGGUGCCAAGAACUCCAAUGGCUGCUGCAUCGGGAGCAGCUGAGCCCACCCGAGGUGCAACCUGGCUUCUAUCUCUAUCUGAGUACUACCAUCACACUUGGUGCCUUGGAAAAUGUGCUAGGUUGUGAACUGCUGAAGAGGAUGAAUGUGAUGGAUCUUGGCAUGAACAUGGAUGUACUAGAAGAGCAGAUGCUGCAUGAAAUCUUGUCUAGAGAGGCUCCUGAGCUUAAGAAACGCUGGCAGGAGCUACAGACCAGACACUUGGAUACCUGUGAAGCUGUUAAAACUGAUGAGGAGCGGUUAUUGACUGCCCUACUGUUACGGCGUCCAAUGCAACAGAAACCUGCCAAGUUUCUGCGGGACAUGGUGAGAGUCCAGGCAAAGAUAUGUCAGCUGCGAGCCCAGAUUGAGGAGCUAGAAGAGCAGAAGAUGCGGGAAGUUGCACUAUGGGUACCCUACCAGAAUGUGGUCUGUCACGGGAUAGCCAUAGUAGAGGCCCUUAGCUCCCUACAGAACAUGCUGCCACUUUUCCAUAUGAGCUUAGAGAACUGGCUGACAGCUACCAAGCGGGCUUUAAACAGUAUGAAACCACAUGACAGCCAGCAUGGAGAGGACUUGGCCAGUCAUCUGCUGCAGCUGAAAAUACGCUUGACUCGCCAUCUACUGGGCAGCACCGUGGCUAUACUGGGGCUGACCCAAGUACCCUUGGUGGGUGCCUUAGGUGCUCUGGCUCUGCUGAGUGUGAAAAACCAGGCCCCAAAGCUAGAGAAGCUGGCACUGUGGCCUGGAUUGACGACCUCUUUGAUCACAAGUCACAGCAAAUCCGCGUCAGGUGCAGGCCGGCCAGCAUGGCUAGGGCUGAAUGCCUGGCAAGAAUGUGCAAUAUUAGAACGGCUGCCUCCCUUUAACGGGCUGCGUGCAUCCUUGACAGAACAGCCUAAAAUCUGGCAGGAUUACCUGUCGCUGUCCUCUACAGUGCUGGGUCCUGCACCUGAGCUUCAAUCAGAGCCACUCAGCCUCUUUCAGAAGCUGAUUCUGUGGAGGGUUCUGCGACCUGACUGCCUGGCAGCUGCCUUGGCAGACCUCACCACCAGCCUCCUGGGCCGCCCGCUGGAUGAAAACCUGAGUGCGCCUACCAUACCCUUCGAACACAGCCAGGCCACCCAGCCCAUACUCAUCUUGCUGCCGCCACCCGGUCACCCCACAGCCUUGGGGCAUCCUCUGGCUGACAUUCAGAAACUAGCUGACGUCCACAUUCAGAAGCAAGUGCAGGUGAUAGCUCUUGGCUCCAAAGCCUGGGACCCACUCUCUGUUGUUGUCGGCAGUCUGUGCCAGGCUAUGUUCAUGGGGUACUGGUUGGUGCUGGAUAACUGUCAUCUGAUGCCCCAUUGGCCAAGAGAGCUGCUGCAGGCCUUGCUGAGAUUACUGGAUGGAGCUAAGGUGGUUUCAGACAGGGAAUUGGAAGACUCUGUACCUCAACCCGAGAUCAGUACUACAGCCAUUGUCCACAGAAAUUUCCGUCUGUGGCUUAUUGUGUCCACAGAAGCAAGAUCUUCCUUGCCAGCUGUGCUGACUCAGCACUCCUUGCCUGUUUUCUGGGACCAAUCCCUGGAGCUGAGCCACAUUUUGGUCAACAAUGUGGAAUUAGCCCAGCAAGAAUCCCUUGCCCAACCCCCUACCCAGAUAGUUCCUUUGCUCCUCCUACAUGGCCUUCUGCUGCACAGGCAGCUCUAUGGGAUGAAAAUGCAGGCACACAGGGGGCGCUGGAGUCAAAUAACCCUGACCCAAGUCCUUCAGACCCAGAAUCAGCUGUGGGCCAGUCUCAGCAAUCCCAGUGUUGCCAUGCAGGAGCUGGCUGCUUCCAUUUUCUAUGGGGGCCCGCUGGAAGACAAGGAGGACAUGAAGGCUCAGAUUAGCCUCACUCAAGCCUGCCUGGGCUCCAGCAAUAGGAGUGGGGUCCAACCACACACACCUCAGUCUCUGCUGGCCAGUUUGAUGCCUAGUCCAGAUCUAGGGAAGCUGGAUGCCAUGGCCGAGUGCAAGGCGCAGGUACACCUGCUGCCCACCCCAUCUGAGCCGGGGAUCUGCGGCCUGAGUGAGGCCCCCCGCGACUCGCUGCUGCGAUGCCGCAGUCGGGCACUGCUACGCGCCAUGCGGCAGUGCGCAACCUCCUGGGUCCCUGCCGACGCGGGAGGCGCCCGGCGAGCCGAAAGGCGGCUGCGGGUACGCCUAGUGCAAGCCAAGGGGAGGCUGGAGGCCCUGCAGGAUCUGCUGACCCAGCACACAUGCGGAGACCAGUCUGAUGCCUACAAGGUGGGGCCCACCAAGGAGCAGCCCCUGCGGGCCUUCCUGGAGCGCGAGGUGCUGGAACUCAGUCAGCUGGUAGUCUUGCUGCAGUGUGACCUUACCUGCCUGCUGCAGCAGCUCUCGGGGGAGCCCCCAUGCGCCUCCCACCGCUGCGUGGAGGUGGCCCAAGCCCUCUGGGCCGGCCACUUUCCCCGGCCUUGGCGACGCCACGCACCAGCUGGGCCGCAGCCGCCCUGGCAAUGGCUCCGGCAGCUGUCCAGCCGUGGGCAGCAGUUGAUUCUCUACCUGGGCGACGGCGAGGACCGAGGUUUCCAGAUCCCCCAGCGCAUCUUUCACCUGUCAGCCUUUUGUCACCCGCGUCGCCUGCUGUUUGCCCUGCGCUGGGAGGCCAUCCUGGCCAGCCCCAGCUUCCGGGGUUGUCAAGAUUUAAGUUUCGGUGCUCUCCUGUACAGACGUCAGGAGCUGCCCCAUCUUCUGCACCUCCGGGUGGAGAACGGCCCCAACCCCACGGUUCCUGAGCUGGGGUUGCUGCUGACCGGAUUACAAGUCCUGCACGCCAAGUGGGACUUAUCGGAGGGGGCCUUGCGGGACACCAGUUCCACCCAGCCCAGCCCUCUGCCUCCCGUCAGCAUCAGGGCACAGGCCCCUGGCUCCAGUGACCUGCCUGCCCCAGACAGCCUGCCUGUGUACCUCUGUCCCGUGUACAUGGCAGGGCCCCUUGGCACCACCAAGCUGCACAGCAGCAACAUCCUGAUGUACCUGCCCCUACCCACCAAGCUCAGCCCCGACACCUGUGUCCUACGCAGAGUCCACGUGUGUAGCCCACCCUUGCCCUGCCCUCUACCAAAAUAA